AUGAUUGCAUACCUGGGUGAGGAAGAGGCCGCGAGAGUUGCCAACGCUCGACUGUUGGUGGUCGGAGCUGGUGGCAUAGGCUGUGAGCUGCUGAAGGAUCUUAGCAUGAUGGGGGUCCGGAACGUGACCACCAUCGACCUGGAUACAAUUGAUGUUUCCAAUCUCAAUCGACAAUUCUUGUUUCGGCGGCAUCAUGUGAACCGACCGAAGGCCGAAGUCGCCUCGGAGGCCGCCAUGGCCUUCAACAAGGAGGUGAAAAUUGAUGGGAAGUUGGGAAACGUGAAGGACCCGCAAUAUUCCUCGACAUUCUUCUCCUCUUUCGACGUGGUCCUCAAUGCUCUCGAUAACGUGGAUGCGAGACGCCAUGUUAAUCGCCUUUGUUUGGCGACUAAGCGGCCGCUUAUUGAGGCUGGAACAACUGGAUUCACUGGACAGUGUACGGUCAUAUAUCCGCAGCAGAGUGAAUGCUAUGAGUGCACGAGCAAGGCUGCCCCGAAGGUUUACCCGGUAUGCACUAUUCGAUCGACACCCUCAACCCCCGUGCAUUGCAUACAAUGGGCGAAAUUACUGUUCGAACUCAUGUUUGGCAUUGAAGAUGACAACAGUGUGUUGGCCGAUCUGAAGGAACCUCUCAAUAGACUACGCUCUUCAGAUGAUGACGCGUCGGUGAAAGAGGACGAGAUACGACGAGAAGCUGUGGCUAUCUUCAAUCAUCUCUUCUGCAAUGACAUCAGGUCUCAGCUGGAAUUGACAAACCUCUGGGCUGACGGCAAGCGGCAGGCUCCCAUACCACUGAGCUUCAACGAGGCGGUGGCGACAGGAUCUGAGGAGGAGAAGGACGUACAAGCGGUGUGGUCAGUGGCGAAGCAGGCUAGAUUAUUCGUGGACACGGUGAGUCGCAUAUUCUCUAGCAGAAGGGACGAGAUCGGUACCAUGGCCUUCAGCAAGGACGACAAGAUGGCCGUCGACUUUGUUUGUGCUGCAUCGAAUAUGAGAAUGCACAACUACCACAUACCGCUGCAAAGCCGGUGGUCAGUCGAGUCUAUUGCUGGCGCGAUUGUACCUGCGGUUGCGACCACGAACUGUAUUGUUGCCGGUUUGCAGUGUACCAAUCUCCUUGCGAUUUUGCGAGAAAUUCCUCGGUGCGAGCAAGAUCGCAGCAGAAAAUACCCAGAUCCUGCUGGGAAGAACAUCCUUGUUCCUGACGCGUUCUUGCCGCCUAACCCGGAUUGUUACGUCUGUCAAAGCUCCUGGGUGACGGUAACCCUAAACGACUUGGGAAAGUGGACUGUGCAGGACUUCGUGACGAAGGUGCUGAAGAAGCAGCUUGGAGCAUCAGCCCCUUUUUUGGUCUUCCAAGGUAACGUGAUUUAUGAGGUUACUACGGAUGAGGACGAGGAUGACGAAGAUGAAGGUCUGCAUCCGGAAUGGUCGCUGAAGCAGUGGGAUAUCGAACCAGGAAGCCUCAUUGACGCCACUGACGAUAUGCAGUCAUGGAGUACUCAGAUUGUGCUACUCGAGGAUCCCAGUAUGAGUGAGGAAGACCAUCCGGAGCUGUUCACUAUCUCCCGCGGACAACAACAGGCUGCUUCUCCAACUGAGAAACGAACCUUGGACGAUGGUACUGUGGAAGAGUUGCCCAAGCGCAGGAAGCUGAACGAUGAGAAGACUAACAUUCACAACGGUCACUGA